AUGAUUCACAUUGAAGAAUUACAAAAGGAAAGUGUUAUAGAUGUGCAAAAAAGACACCAGGCAGGAUUUGCCAGUUGGUUCAAGGAGUGUGUUGGACGCUUACGUGCUACUGGUUUGGUUGCAGCAACAGAUCAUAUAUAUGCGUUGGGAUUAGGUCCUGAUAUACGAAUUGCUAGGUACAGUGGGAUAAUUGUCAAUGGAGUUAGGUUUCACACAGUUGAGCGUGAUAAUUUUCGUCGGACUCAAAAUAAUGGAGUUUCAGUUACGGGAGAGCAUAAGUCGAAAGAAAUCGAGUUUUAUGGUGUGCUAACAAAUAUCAUUGACCUCCAAUAUGUUAAUGGGAAUCAUGUUUUCUUGUUUAAAUGUGAUUGGUGGGAUGUUGGCGAUAAAAAUGGAAUUAAAACAGAUGGCAACUUAGUUUCUGUUAAUGUGAGCCGUAAAUGGUAUACAGGUGAUUCUUUCGUGUUGAGUUCUCAAGUACAGCAGGUUUUUUAUGUCAGCGAUAUGAAAAAUGGAGGUCAUUGGAAAAUUGUGCAAAAAUCAUUUCACAGGAAUAUAUUUGAUGUGCCAGAAAAGGAAAAAGUGUGCAAUGAAGAUUCAAUAUUGAAUGAUGAGCCCUAUCAGCAAUACGAGGCAGAUAAUAGUCAUGAAGUCGAUCAAAAUGGUGGUGAAAAUUCGGAACUCUUGCAUCCUAUAGAUGUAUUACCGGAUGAAGUUGAUGUUGGUCAAAUGUUUCAAGGUCAAAACUCAAACCCGAUUUAUUCUAGCGAUAAGGAGGAUGAUACUACGAUCAAUUAUGAUGAUGUCGACACUGAUGUACUAGAAUACUCAAAUGACAGUGACAAUGAAGACGAAGACGAUGAUUACUUGUUUGAAAAUUGUAGAAUUUUGGUGUUUUAUGGCAGUAGUUAUGCAGCCCAACAUGAAAUUUGUGGAAAACUGGAUAGCAGAAACUCGAUGUGUUGA